AGACAGCAUUUGAAAUUCAAGUCCACUGGUGCGUGAACCCAUAUGUUCCAAGACACACUGAAACAUAAACAACUGGCGGUAUAUUUAAUAGCUUGCCUUCCACGGCUGCCAACCUAAGUAGCUUUUCUUCAUUAUGAAGAAUUUCUCAUUUUCCAAAGAUGACUAUGAGCCUGGCAUUCCUUUCCUUCCCGGCUUUCUCAACUCCACAAAUGCACCAGCUCUUCCCGAAAGGCAAUCGAGAAAUGAACAAUUAGCUCUGGUAGAAAUCGCUGUGCUGGGAAUAAUAUUUGCGACAGCGUCUGUGGGCAACAUGAUCCUCACCCUGGUGUUAUGGAGGAGAAGACUGAAGCUGUCUAGGAUGUAUGUGUUCCUGCUUCACCUGAGCAUUGCAGACCUGAUGGUUGCAUUCUUCCAAGUCCUUCCCCAGCUCUUUUGGAAAAUUACAGAUGUUUUCAUGGGCCCAGACAUUCUGUGCAGAACCAUCAUUUAUCUCCAGCUGUUGAGCAUGUUUGCCUCCACUUAUAUGAUCGUGGUUAUGGCAAUGGAUAGAUACCAAGCGGUGUGCCACCCCAUGGCCUCUUUUCCCAAGAAGGCGGCUCUUUGGAACGCUCCUAUCUGCACAAGCUGGUUCAUUUCCCUGGUCUUCAGUGUUCCUCAGGUAUUUAUCUUUCGGAAGAGAGAGGUAUCCCCGGGCAUCUUUGACUGCCAAGCUGACUUCAUUGAACCCUGGGGCACAAAGGUGUAUGUGACUUGGAUUUCCAUAGCUAUUUUCUUCUUCCCCGCAGCUAUCCUCAUCAUAUGUCAUGUGAGGAUCUGCCGAGCAAUCCAAAUGCAUAUGCAUUUGAAAAGCUGCAAUGAACUGGAAGUAACGAAUCAGAAGCAAAUACAGCCAUGCCAGGGAAACAAUGCAAGUUGUACAUCGAAGGCUAUGAUCAAGACUAUGAAGAUGACAGUGGUGAUAGUUGUGGCUUAUAUUUUCUGUUGGUCGCCUUUUUUCAUCGCGCAGCUGUGGACUGCCUGGCACCCCAGUGAUGCUAGGACUGAAGGUCCAGUAAUAGCCAUUCUUAUGCUCCUAGGGAAUCUUAACAGCUGUGUUAAUCCAUGGAUUUAUAUGUACUUUUGUGGUCAAAUACCACGUUGUUCAAAAAAAAUACAGGACAACGCUGCAGCUCACGAAGAAUCUACCAUUACAGGCAGUGUUAACUUGGGAGAGAAAGAAUCUGAAGACAAUAUCACAUCUGUGUAAUUAUAAACUCCUGCUUUUUUGGCUUAUAUGUAUGUUUCAUUGAACUAUUUUUCUAAUAUGGGCACGUGCACAUGUGGUAAGAAACAUUGUUUUCUUUAUAUAUGUAUUUCCUUAAUUCUGAAGCAAAUAUAUUCAAGGUUUAAAAAUUCCCAGCACAGUGUAAAAGGCAUGUUAUAUGUGAAUAUUUUUGUAUGCCAAGUGCUGAACUCCAUACGUACCAAGGUACAUCUCAAACUACACGCAUAAAUAGGCUCCUCUCAGUUCUGUAUCCUCCUCCAGCAAGUUUAGUGAGCAUAUUAUAAUGUCUCUAAGACCUUUGCCAUGGUAAAUGCAUAUCUCAACAAAUUAUGCC